AUGCCAGCCAUCUUCAUACCAGAUCUAACAAGCCACCCACCGCGGUGUUCUGUUCUAGUCCUCUCUUCCAAAUCAACCGUUCACUUCACCAACCAAGCUGAUGGGAACGACGUGGAGUUGGAGGUCAAGGGUGACUGGUUCGACCGCUCGGCGAGUAUCACUUUCGGCGGCCGUCCCGUUGCACAUAUCUCGCGGAGCUUUUUCAACGUCCGUCAAAUCUUCGGCGACAAGCAGACGUAUUUCGUCACCGUCGCCCCGGGUGUCGAUUUGACCCUGAUCGCUGCCGUGUGCGUCUGCCUCGACGAACGCGAGAACGAAUCAAAUUAA